AGACAGUCAGGAAGCUUAAGUUAAGCUCUCUUGACCACCUCCUUCAACUCCAGCAGUUCCAGUGGUGUCUCACCAAGCACCCUUCGGAACAGAUGCAUCCCAGCGGAUGACGCCUCGUCAGGUGCUGGAUCAUCACUUCAUCAGCAUGAGCCACCUAUGGCCUCAUUUUGCUGUCAGCCCUCACGUCAGGUUUUGCUGCGGGAUAAUGGCGGUCUGUGAGAGCAAAGCACUUCACGGCAGGACGUCUGGAGCUUUGCAGCAGAAGACCUCAAAGAUGACCCACUCUGUCCUGCACUGCCUUCCCUCAGAGAAGACUAACAAAAAAAUUGGUCCAUGUAGGAUCAAGAACAGAGUCCAGUCAAGACAGAAGAAGAAAACCAAGGCUGGAGUGGUUGAACGACCGAAUAAUUUCCACAAAAAGCUAAAGACUGAAGCUCAACACAGUUGCAUGUCCGACCACCUCUACGUGAAGCCUCUGGUGGACUGCAGUCAACCCGCCCAAGCUCCUGGUAGGAGCAGCCUCACUCUGUCCAAGCUCUCCAAGAACGCAAGGAGACCAACAUGUAAAAAAGGAGCCAAGGGUAUCGCUAACGGAGGACAAAAAGAAGCCUCAGGAAGAGGGACAGAACUGAAUCCCAACAACAGAUGAGGGUUGAGGAGCGGAGAACAAGAGACAGUAGUAAAAACCAUGAGUGGACCAUCAAAUAUAAAAACUAAAUUGAAUUUUACAGGUUUUUACUG